AACAGACCUCGCAGGGGUCUUUCGCUCGAGGAGAGGGUUGCGGUCACGAAAGGAUUGGUCCAGUUGCCAUGUUUGCUGGUUCAUCGAGGGACGGGCUCUUGUCCGUGCUCUCGCCCGCCCAAGAAAACGAUGAACAUCUUACCAGCUUACUCGAUCAUGGUUAAAGCAUUGCUAGACGACACACACCAGCCUAUCUCGUCCUCUGUGCGUAAGGCUGCGUAUGACACCAUCGCCUGUGCUUUGGCACAUCAAUGCGUAGAGCAUGGCGACGGCGACAUGGAUGACAUUGCUCAAAUGCUGUGUCAGAGCAUGUCAGACCAGAAUAGAAGUGUCAGGCUGAGUGCGGGACGAGCGCUAGUAGAAUUUGUUCGUUUUUAUCACGCGAUUGGCAAGACAACAUGGACCAAGGUCGAACGGAUUUUCGAUACGUUCUAUCGGCUCAUGGAUAGCCCGAAGGAUCCCGUGAAAGAGACUGUUCUCAUCGCAGUUGGGAGCGUUGGCAAAGUGACAGAUAACAGCAUCUUAGGAGUGGCCAUCAGCUGUUUGAUCGCACAGCUCGGGCGGCCCAGUCCUAUCGUGAAAGGACUCGCCUAUAUGCAGCUACUCCGUUUGUCCAAAACGCAUAACAAAUCAACCUAUGGACUCGUUUCGCCAUACCUUGACGAAGUCGCCCCAUUUCUGGUGUCUCGGUGGCAUUCUCAACCUGGUCUUCUCCUGGAGUGCUGCCGUCUCUUCGCAAUCGGUCCUCUUGAUUUUAUCAACUCUACUUUGCCGCGAACGCUUCCUCAGCUCUUCGGCGCCUGCGAGCAAAAAGUUCUGGAGAAGAUUUCUAAGGACCUUGGCACGAAACAAUCCUUGCUCUUCAUGGGGAACUCGCCUGCGAUUCUCGCCCACGUGUUUCUCCUUCAGGGACCAGGACAGACGAACAAGGCGCUUACUUUCAUAAUAAAGAUCGUGACUGAAGCUGCCGACGACGGUACUAUCGACAUACGAAGCGUGGUGCGGAGUUGCCUCGUGUCUCUGCUGGCUAAACUUGUUAAUGUACUGGGCAGCGAGGAUCCUGGAAAAGCGCAAGCGGCCAUGUCGGCAUUGAGUAAAGUGCAAAAGUGUGUCUCGGUGCCUGCUAAUGGACCACGACCGAGUUUCAAGCAAGAUCUUGGAGAGUUCCUCAAGACACAUAUGCUUGGGAUUCUCAGCAACAUGAACGAUAUGUUACAGGACAUACCGGGCAAGGCGACUGUUGAGGCCAAACAGCAAAUCUUGCGUAGUCUAGGUGCCCUUGUUUCCAACAUCGGACCCUCUAUCACCAGCGUAGCACCUCAGAUCAUGGCCACCCUGCGAAUGAAGCUAGUUGUUCCUGAAUUGGCCGACGUCGUUCUCGACAGCUGGUACACUUUCUUGACCACGUUAAACCCUUCGGACCUUGGCACUCACGUCGGACCAACGAGUGCCUCACUCAUCUCGGCCUGGUCGACACUGUCCUCGCACGGACGCAGCGUUGCUCACCGGUGCCUUCGCCUUUUGUUGUUCGACCUUGUAGACCAGCUCGGAAAUAACCUAGAUGAAUUUGCCGACCCAGUGGAGUUUGUCGCUCUGGCGGAUAUCCAUGCGAGACUGUGGACCCUGCGCAACAAUUGGACAGAGGAGAACAAGCUGAGAAAGAUCCUCGAUCGUGUCUCGAACGACAACGUCACGGUUGCAAUCCGAGCGCUCAAUGAGUUGAAACUAUUGAUGGUUGAGCACCGAGACUUCUUCCAAAAUCUGGCUACGGGUGAUAACUUCAAUCCCCUUGUGGGCCAUGUCCUGCGCGUGCUCUUUGCGGCAUCUUGUCGAGACAGCGAUGGUGCGGAUGCUCUGCGCCUUCUCGCCUUUUCGUGUAUCGGAGCGCUGGGAGCUAUUGAUCCCGACAGAUUCGACUUCGUUGUGAGCGACUCGACGAUGAUUGUCAAGGCAAACUUCACGGACGAGAUCGAAUCGAUGACAUUUGUUCUACACCUCAUUGUUGAUGUCCUUGUCGGCGCAUUUCGGUCCGCCAACGACAUCAACCACCAAAGUCACCUUGCAUACGCCAUACAAGAAUUGCUCAGAUUCUGUGAAUUCUCUCCGGACCUCGUUGCGGCUAAAUCCACGACUUCUAUUCCUCUGAAGAUUCGCUCGAGAUGGGAUCUCCUACCAAGACACGUAUUGGAAACAGUGACCCCCUUGCUCGAAGCACGAUUCCACGUCAAUGACAGGCCUUUGCCUCCUUGGAACCUCCCUAUCUACCCAACCCAAUCCACCUAUCGCGAGUGGCUUCAGUUAUGGACCACCUAUCUGAUCGCGCACGCUUCUGGAACUACAGCGCAGUCCAUCUUCAAAGUAUUCCGUGCCGCAGUACGAAACAAGGACGUCGGGGUCGCUCAUCAUCUGCUUCCUCACCUCGUGCUGAACGCUCUCGUCUCAGGAGACGAAGUUCAAACAGAUAACAUCCGCAUCGAGUUGUUGGCAGUUCUGGAGGACCAGGUCAAUUUGGAAAGCACAUCUACGCCUGACAAGAAACUACUGAGUGCCCAGGCCGUUUUUAUGCUCAUGGAUCAUCUGAACAAAUGGGUAAGAGUCGUUCGCCAAGAUCUCGCCGCGCGCAAAAAGGAAAAGGGUAGGCAAAGCCGAACGAGCCAAGCCAGCAAUGUGGCCAAGGAACAGCUCUUGCGCGUCGAUUCUGUUCUAUCGAGCAUAGAUCAAGACUUGAUGGCCAAAGCGGCUUUCCAGUGCAAGGCGUAUGCACGUUCGUUGAUGAGCUUCGAGCGCUACAUCAAUCUGCUGCGUGAACGUCAGGCUCCUACGCAGGACGUGCAGCAGUGCUACGAACGUUUGCACGAGAUCUACGCUAACAUCGACGAGCCAGAUGGCAUGGAGGGCGUGUCUACACUCAUCUUGUCUCCAUCGCUCGAGCACCAGAUUCGACAACACGAGAGCACCGGGCGCUGGACGUCGGCCCAAAGCUGCUGGGAGCUUCGGCUCCAGCAGCUGCCGGACAGCUUGGAGAACCAUGUGGGUCUCCUACGGUGCUUGCGAAAUUUAGGACAUUACGACACCUUGCGCACGCACGUCAAAGGAGUGCUCACCCGAAAUCCAGACUGGCAGUCCUCGCUCGCUGGAUUCCAAGUCGAAAGCGCGUGGAUGAUCGGGGAUUGGGACGAGGUCAAGACUCUGGUAGACAAGACGGAUGCGCAAGGCUCCUCCACGGUCAUGGCGCGUCUUCUCCUGGCCCUACAGGAAGACGAUUCGGCCACGAUUGAACAGGCCCACUCCCAAGCGCUCAUGGUUUUGGGAAACCCGAUCACAGCCUCGGGGGCAAGGGAGUACCGCCACGCGUACGACGCGGUGCUCAACUUGCACCUCCUGCACGAGGUGGAUAUGGUCCACAAUUUUGUGCGCAGUCUGCCCCUCAGCGGCGCACAUUCGGCACGCCAGCGACACCACAUCCUCAGCGCGCUGUCGCGAAACCUCGUCGCCAGAUUGGAGCUAACGCUCCCCACGUUCCGCAUCCGCGAGCCGAUCCUGAGCAUGCGGAGGACGGCGUUCGCGCUGAACGCGAGGAGAUACAAGCCCCUCUCGGAUGAAAUCGGUCGGUCUUGGCUCACCAGUGCAAAGUUUGCUCGCAAGGCGGGACAUUGGCAGACGGCGUAUAGCGCGAUGCUGCAAGCUCGACAAUGCCAUACACCGUUUUCUUUCAUCCAGGGCGCCAAACUGAUCAAAGACACCGGGGAACCGCUGCGCGCGCUUCACGAACUGGACAACUCGAUACAUCUCUCUGGGCUCGGAGAGAACGCAGAGGCAGGCGUGAUCGACCUCACAGGUGAUUUGGAAGAAGUCAGGCAGAUGAAAGCAAAGGCCAAACUCGUCCGAGCACGUUGGAUGAACGAGUCGGAACGCUUCGAGAUGUCCGACGUUUUGAAGUCAUACGAGGCAGCCAUCGAAUUGUGGCCAAAGUGGGAGAGCGUCAUAUUUUAUUACGGGAAGUUCCAAGAUGACUGUUUCAAAGGUCUUUCCGAGAACGACCAGAAAAGCCGGGGCAUCCGCACGAACCUUGCGACGAUCCGCGCCUUCACCAAGGCCAUGAAGUACGGCUCCAAGUUCAUCUACCAGACAAUGCCGAGGCUGCUCACCAUCUGGCUCGAUCUGGGCGAAGAUCGCACGCUUUCGAAGCACGAGAUCUACAAGAAGAUCAACGUAGAGGUCUCGCGAGCGUUGAAGGUCAUCCCGGUCUACAAGGCAAGCUGUGGAACAGAAAAAAACUGGUACACCGCCUUCCCUCAGAUCGUCUCUCGCGUCGGGCACACCAAUGUCGAAGUCUACGACAUCCUGGCGAAGCUGAUCCUGAUGGUCCUCCGAGAGUUCCCCCACCAGGCCAUCUGGCUCUUCCUGGCCGUGAUCAAAUCGACAAAGGCCAUCCGGGAGAGCCGAGGACGAGAGAUCCUCGACCAGCUCAAGACCCUCCCCAGCCCGUCGUCCCCCGACCUGCCCGUGCUGAUCAACGAAUGCAUGGCGAUGGCGAACGAGCUCCUGGCCAUGUGCGACCACCGCUUCAAAGAAGACAAGGUCACGUUCAGCAUGAAGAAAGAAUUCCCGCGGCUCGCAAAGCUGGUGCCCUGCAGGCUGAUCAUCCCGCUGCAGGAGUCGCUCAUAGCCAGCCUCCCGCCGGUGUCGUCCAUGGCGGACUCAGACUACCACCCGUUCCCGUCAGACCUGCCGACGUUUCACAGGUUCCUCGACGAGAUCGACGUGAUGCGGUCGCUCGCAAAGCCACGCAAGAUCUCGAUCGUCUCGCAAGGCGGCCAGGUGUUCCAGUUCCUAGGAAAGCCGAAGGACGACCUGCGCAAGGACGCGCGGCUCAUGGACUUUGACGCGAUCAUCAACAAGCUCCUCAAGACCAAUUCCGAGUCGCGCAGACGCCAGCUCCACAUCCGGACGUACGGCGUGAUCACACUGAACGAGGAGUGCGGGUUCAUACAGUGGGUGCCGGACACGAUGCCCGUGCGGCCGGUGCUCGCGAAGAUCUACGAGGCGCGCAACAUCAAAAACUGGAGCCCCGAGAUGAACGCGAUCUUCCACAAGAUCAAGGAGGCCACGGACAAGGACGCCGCGCAGAUCUUCGUGCAGGAUAUCCUCCGCCACUUCCCGCCCGUGUUCCACGAGUGGUUCAUCGAGACGUUCCCGGAGCCGUCGGCGUGGCUCGCGAGCCGGCUGAUGUAUAGCAGGACGGCGGCCGUCAUGUCCAUGGUCGGGUGGAUCCUCGGCCUCGGCGACAGACACUGCGAGAACAUCCUGCUGGACUGCAACAACGGCGCGGUCGUGCACGUCGACUUCAACUGCCUGUUCGAGAAGGGCAAGACGCUCGAGACGCCCGAGCGCGUGCCGUUCCGGCUCACGCAGAACAUCGUGGACGGGCUGGGCGUCACCGGGGUCGAAGGCGUGUUCCGCAUCGCGUGCGAGAACGUGCUGCAGCUCCUGCGGGACAACAAGGACACGCUGAUGAGCGUGCUCGACGCGUUCAUCCACGACCCGCUGGUCGAGUGGGAAGACGAGAAGCGCAAGAUGCGCGAGGCGAGCCGGCGGAGCGUGAACACGGUCAAGGCGUCCGUCGACCUGCGCAUGCUCGCGAAGAACGCGCUCUUGCCGAUCGAGAAGAAGCUCAAGGGGAUCUACACGACGAGCCGCGAGCGCGCGGAGCGCGAGAUCUCGACGAGCAACCUUGUGCAGAUGCUCAUCCAGGAGGCGGCCGACGACGCGAACCUGGCCAAGAUGUACCCCGGCUGGGCGCCGUGGCACUGA